AUGGUUCCUCCAAAGUUUAACCCGAAUGCAGGUACAUUUAUUCCAGGUCAAUAUCAGCAAGACUUCACUGGUCCAAAUAGAUCACCUUUUCCUGUCCAGAAGAAGCCUGUAUCUUAUGAAGAAUUUCUAAAACAAAAAGGAUCCUUGAACAGGGUGGCAAGUCCUAAGCCUACGAACAACGGAAGUAACGUUCAGUCCGCUUUGACAACUCCGGCGUUGAGCUCAGAAGCUACAAGCGGUAUGAGUACUCCCAUAAGUCGUGCAGCUUCUGUAGCCUCUUUGUCAUCGUUGAAUAGUGCUUUGAGUAAACUCCAAGUCACUCCAAUUUCUGACAAUUUGGAAGCUCUCAAAAGCUCCUCACAGAUAUCAGAGAUCCGUUCCGCUAUCGACGGAAUUGUCGAUUUAAUACAAAACGAGGGCAUCUCGGCCAUCAUCGAUUGGAACAUUGCCGAUGUGUUGAAAAGUUUGUCGAGACCCAAGAACCCUCCAUUGGUCAGAGAAGGUUCGAUGCUAUUGCUUUCUUCAUUAAGUCGACAUUAUGCCGGACAAGUCCCAUUUGAGGCUUAUUUUGCCCCUCUUUUGCAAUUUGCCUUUGAAUGCCUUAGUGAUAAAGAGAGAAGCGUUGUUAGAGCUGCACAAUCUGCCAUUGACUCCAUUUACGGAAUGUACCCUACCGAGGCCUUGCCCUCUGUUGUCUUGCCAGAGCUCUUGAGGUAUCUCAAGUCGUCUGCCAAGUGGACUUCCAAAGUUGCAUGUCUUAAAACAUUUGACAAUUUGAUCAGAGAUUCUCCAAAUGAUUUGCUGGAAAUGACUUUCGUCGAUGUGGUGCCAGUUCUUACUGAUGUCGCUACAGACUUCAAACCCGAACUUGCUAAAGUUGGUCUGAAAACCUUGAAUGAGUUUGUUAAAGUUCUAGACAACUUGGAUCUAGUUACUAGAUUCGACAUGAUUGUUGACACUCUGGCCGACCCAAGAAAGGUUCCAGCAUGUAUCAAGUCUUUGUCAUCUGUCACAUUUGUUGCUGAAGUCACUGAGCCUGCUUUGGCCCUUUUGGUUCCCGUUUUGGAUAUGUCCUUGAAACUAUCGUCAUCCUCUCAGGAACAAUUGAGACAGUCCGUUAUCGUUACAGAAAAUUUGACAAGAUUGGUCAAUAAUAAGCGUGAAAUUGAGUCAUAUAUUCCAACUUUAUUACCAGGCAUUAAAAAGGUCAUUGCUACCGCUUCGUUGCCAGAAGUGAGAGAACUGGCUGCAAAGGCUUUAGCUGUUUUGCAAGAUGCUGAAGCCGAGCAAUCUGAUGGAAAGUUCCACGGUAGAAUUUCAUUGGAAAGGACUGCGGAGUAUCUUAGCGAGUUGAAGAGUUUAAUCAAUGACGACAUUAUCUUCAACUACAUGACCACGGUUGUGGCAGCAGACUCUAACGUCAACGAUUGGAAAGCAUUGAAAGAAUAUUUACUGAUGGCAUGUAUCCCAUAUGUGGAAGAUAAAGAAACCAGAGACCAAAUUGUUGAAACUAUUGUCCUGAAACUGAGACAGCUGUUUACCCCUGAUGCUGUUGUCAGCCAAAACGAUGAUGGUAUUGAAAUUGUCAAUACCGAUUUCUCUUUGGCUUAUGGUAGUAGAAUGCUGCUUAACAAGACGACCUUGAGGUUACUGAAGGGUCACAGAUACGGUCUAUGUGGUCGUAACGGUGCUGGUAAAUCUACUCUGAUGAGAUCUAUUGCCAAUGGUCAAUUAGAAGGUUUUCCAGACCCAUCUGUAUUGAAAACAUGCUUUGUUGAACAUAAGUUGCAAGGCUCAGAAGCCGACAUGGAUCUCGUUGCUUUUAUCGCUUCCGAUCCAGAAUUGGCCUCAGUUUCCAGAGAGGAUAUUUCCAAAGCUUUAAACGAGGUUGGAUUUAAUGAAGAGAGACGCUCUCAACAUGUGGGAUCAUUAUCUGGAGGUUGGAAGAUGAAACUUGAACUUGCCAGAGCUAUGUUAAUGAAAGCUGACAUUUUGCUAUUAGAUGAACCUACUAAUCAUUUGGACGUUGCUAACGUUAAAUGGUUGCAAGAUUAUCUAUUGGAACACACUGAUAUUACCUCACUGAUUGUGUCCCAUGAUUCCGGUUUCUUGGAUGCUGUUUGCACAGACAUUAUUCAUUACGAGAAUAAAAAACUUGCUUACUACAAAGGAAAUUUGUCAGAUUUUGUCAAAGCAAAACCUGAGGGUAAAGCUUACUAUACAUUAACUGAUUCUAACGUCAAAAUGGCUUUCCCUCCCCCCGGAAUUUUAACUGGUGUUAAAUCCAAUACUAGAUCCGUUGCUAAGAUGACCAAUGUGACGUUCACCUACCCUGGUGCCGAGAAGCCAUCCCUCUCCAAUGUUUCAUGCUCUCUUUCAUUAUCUUCAAGAGUUGCUGUUCUUGGACCUAACGGUGCUGGUAAGUCGACUUUGAUCAAGCUUUUGACUGGAGAGUUGAUUCCAAAAGAAGGUAAGGUUGAGAAACAUCCAAAUUUACGUAUUGGUUACAUUGCGCAGCACGCAUUACAGCACGUCGAACAGCACAAAGAAAAGACUGCCAACCAGUACUUGCAAUGGAGAUACAAGUUUGGUGAUGAUAGAGAAGUCCUGUUGAAAGAAUCACGUAAGAUUUCCGAUGACGAGAAACAAAUAAUGGAGAAGGAAAUUGAUAUUGACGAUGGAAGAGGAAUGAGGCAGAUUGAAGCCAUUGUUGGUAGACAAAAGCUGAAGAAGUCUUUCCAAUACGAAAUUAAAUGGAAGUUUUGGUUACCAAAGUACAAUUCCUGGGUUUCCAGAGAACGUUUAAUUGAGGAAGGUUUUGACAAGCUGGUACAAAAAUUUGACGAUCACGAAGCUUCCAGAGAAGGUUUAGGUUAUCGUGAGUUAACACCAUCAGUUAUCAGCAAGCACUUUGAAGAUGUUGGCCUUGACGCGGAUAUUGCAGAUCAUACUCCCAUGGGAUCCUUAUCUGGAGGUCAACUGGUUAAGGUCGUCAUUGCUGGUGCCAUGUGGAACAACCCACAUUUGUUAGUUCUGGACGAACCUACCAACUAUUUGGACAGAGAUUCUUUAGGAGGCCUUGCUGUUGCCAUUAGAGACUGGACUGGAGGAGUUGUCAUGAUUUCACAUAAUAACGAAUUCGUCGGAGCUCUAUGUCCAGAACAGUGGAUAGUGGAGAAUGGUACUAUGGUAACCAAAGGAAUCCAAGAAAUUGACCAAGGGCGUUUUGAAGAUGGUGGAAAGAAUUCUAGUUCUUCUACUGUUGCAGCCGCCAAGACUGCGGCACAAAAAGCUAAAGAUGAUGACUCUCCAGCCAAUAUCAAGGUUAAGCAAAGAAAGAAGAAGAUGACUAGAAAUGAAAAGAAAGCUCAGGAAGAGCGAAGACGACUUCGUCAUAUUGAAUGGCUAAGUUCUCCAAAAGGUACUCCCAAGCCUGUUAAUACAGACGAUGAAGAGGAAUAG